GUAUUUAUGUGUAAUAGAUGGCGUUUCAGUAAACAUAAACGUUUCCUCACUUUAUGAUUUCAUCUUCUAUGUUCUUUACCUUUCAUCGUUGCAUCAAAAACACUUUUCAUUUUGAGCGUGUACACGUUUCGUGUCGGAAGGCUUAAAGAAUGCGUUACGUGGCCGCUUACCUUUUAGCUACUUUAGGAGGAAAAGCUUCUCCUAGCCAAAAUGAUAUUGAAAAAAUUUUAUCAUCUGUUGGAAUUGAAGCAGAUACAGAAAAACUUAAGAAAGUUAUCUCUGAACUGAAUGGAAAAACAAUUGAUGAACUUAUUGUACAAGGAAUGGAAAAAUUAUUAUCCAUGCCAGUUGGUGGUGCUGUAGCUGUUAGUACAGAUGCUGCACCAGCAGGAGGUGCUGCAGCCCCAGCUGAAGAGAAAAAAGAGGAGAAGAAACCAGCAAAAGAAGAGUCCGAAUCGGAAGAUGACGACAUGGGUUUCGGUCUUUUCGAUUAAACUGAUCCUAAAAAACAUACUGUAUAAUAUUUGUACAACAUAUGUAUUUCACAGUUUUGACAUUAACUCGAAAUAAAUUUUGUUUUUUAAUUUA